CGUGCCACGGACUAAGAUAUAUCUUAGUCCGUUUUUCUGCGCAAUUGCAUAGAUAAUAAAAUACAUAAUGAUAUUAUUAUCAAUUGAUAUUCUUAUCAUAACAAAUUAAUUAAUUUCAUCAAAUGGAGCCAACUGCCAAGUUGUAUUGAUACAUAUAUCACAGACACGAACUAAGAUCUAUCUUAUAUAGAUCGUGAUCACAGAAUAGCAUAUUAUAUCGAUACACCUUGGAUGGACCUAUAUUAUAAUAAUAUUGUUCUGUGAUUUAACAAAGUACGAUGUCAAUAACGAUAUUAUUUAUUUAUUUCACGAAUAAAAAAACGUUUUAAAAUUUUUACUUUACAAUACCGUCAGUCUGCUAUUGUCUAUGGUUUAAAUUUAUCCGUUCUCAUUAUACCUUUUAUAUUAAUAGCAAUGACAAGGAAAUGUGUUGUUUGUAAUAAAUUGUACAUUAAGGGUUCAGAUGAAACAUUUCAUUCCUUUCCUAAAGAUGAAAUUAGAAAAAAAAUGUGGUUAAAAGCUUGUAAGAUAAAAUUGUGUUUGCCAUCAAACAAAAUAUGUGGGGAUCAUUUUUUACCGGAACACUACUUACUAAGUGGAUACCUCUCAAAGGACGCUGUUCCAUUCUUAGCUGCUACGAGUACAGAUAUCAAACCUGUGGAUUAUCAAAGUACUUGUCCAAUUCCUAUGAAAAUCUCAUGUACCGAAUCCAUAGCUUCUACAAGUACAGAUAAACCUUUGGAGUAUCAAGGUACUUCUAGGCCUUGUCCAAUUCCUAUGAAACUCUCAUGUAUCAAACCCAUAGCUUCUACAAGUACAGAUAAACCUUUGGAGUAUCAAGGUACUUCUAGGCCUUGUCCUAGGCCUUGUCCAAUUCCUAUGAAACUCUCAUUUAUCGAACACAUAGAUUUUACAAGUAUAGAUAAACCUUUGGAUUAUCAAGGUACUUCUAGGCCUUGUCCAAAGCCUUGUCCAAUUCCUAUGAAAAUCUCAUGUAUCGAACCCAUAACUUCUACAAGUACAGAUAAACCUUUGAACGAUCAAUGUACCUCUAGCCAUUGUCCAAUACCUAUGAAAAGUUCACGUGUCAAACCCAUAGCUUUUACAAGUACAGAUAUUGAACUUUUGGACCAUCCCAUAGUGAAUUGUUCUUUAACAGACUGUCCUGAAAGUCGAAAACGUAAGAUAUUAAAUGCCAGCACAAUAGGACAAUUAUCACCAAGUCAUUUUAGUUCUCCAAGAAAGGCAAAGACACAUUUGGACAUGGUGAAGAACAAAUUUAAAGAGAAACAAGUUCAAAAUAGUAAUCUGAAAAAACAAAUCUACAGACUGAAAAAAAAAAUUGAAAAAGAUGGUGAAUAUAUACAAUCUUUAAAUAGACUACUAAAAGAAAAAGAACGUGAAGAGAUAUUAAAUGCUAACAUAAUAGGAGUCUUAUCACCAAGUCAAUUAAUUUCUGCGAAAAAAGCAAAGAUACGUUUGGACACGAAGAAGUACAAAUUUAAAGAGAGGCAAAUACAAAAUGAAAAUCUGAAAAACCAAAUUCAAAGACCGAAAAAUUAUACAGUUCAACAAGAUCAUGAUUAUACAAUUUUUAAAUAGACUAUAUAGUCAGGAGAACAGAAAGUAUUCACUGAUGUACAAAAUCCUAGUGGUAAAUUUCUGUAAUUGUACCGCCAAAUUAUUAAACAAAGAGUGCAUAUUUUGAAUUAUUAUAAUAUCUAAUGCAUAUUAGGUAAAAACAAUUGCCGAAAGUCAAAAUUGCCAAUUGGUAAUUAAACCAAGAACAAAGGCAAAAGGAAAAUAAAAAAAAAACAUAAAAGCAAAGGCUGCACAUGGUGUUGGUUGAUUGCGCACCGCCUUGGUUGGAGAACCCUUGUGUAUAGAAAAAAAGAUGUUGCUUGCAUAUUAUGUGCAAACAGCCGCUUUUUGUUAUCAUGACAAUAACACCGUCUUUAGAUGAAGUAACGAGUUAUAUUGCUGGGAUUUUAGUGACAAAAACAAAAAUAUAUGUAAUAUACCUAUAAUAUAUGUCACACAAUUUGGAUUGACUGUCCAUAUCACAAGAAAAAACUAAGUCAUAAUGUUGUGGACAAAUGACAGGAAGCAGAAAAAGUAUUGCGAUCUUCCAAUUUUUGCCAAAUAUUAAACGCAAAAUGUUUAAUGAAAUAAAAAAUAAAAUAUACCAAAAACAAAAUAUUUUUAAAUUAGAAAGAAGAACAAUUAAAUUACCAUUAUAAAAACUAUGAGGUAUUUAAUACACAUCAUAAUAAGAAUAAGGACACAUAAUAAGUAUGGCUAUUCUUGUUUACUUAAAUAUUGGUUUUCACCAUGCUGUUGGGUCAACAGAAAAAAAAUUGUAAUUCUAUGAGGAAAACAUUUACUAAAAUGAUUUUAUUACUUAAAGUUUAUUAUGUUUACAAAGUUAAUGUUGAAGCAUUAGACCUAUACUAUUACUAUUUUGAAUAUUUUUUUAUCGACAAUAUGUACAAUGUGUCAAUUUUUUUUAUAAAGUAUGCAUUUUAAUUUUUAAUUACAAUAUGUAUUUGAAACAUUGUAUCAUUGAUUAUAAUAUUUAUAAUCAAUUAUUGUACUUAUAAAUUACACUUUCAUACAGCAAAACUUGUCUCUACACUAUACAUUAUUGAUGAACAAAAAGUCACACCUUUCAAAAUCAUAAUAUAAACUAUUGAGUAUUGAACUUACACCUUAUGGCUUAUAGUUAUAUAGUUAAUUUUAUAACUAUUGUAUUUGGAUUUUAAAAUUUUAUUGGAACAUUAUUUCGUACUAGGGAAUCUUGACUUCACUUGCACCAAACCGCACCACCCACCCAGAUGGUCUGUCUAUUUGACAAGUUACAAACUUUAUAGAUUUAAUUUCAUCUAUUUUGUGAUACUAGUACACCACGGCGUAGAGAAGAUUCUCUAAUAUUAUCAUUUUUAAUCACAUGUUCAGUUAAUGUAUGAAAAAAAUUAAUAGAAUACUAUUUAUUUUGUUAUAAUAUUAAUAUUUACGCACUAUUGGGAAGACGCCUAU